AUGAACUGCUUCUCGUGGAACCCCCGGCUGUCGUGGGCGUGCUCGCAACGCAACAAGGAUGGUGGCAGCCCGUGCAGCCCGUCCAGCUAUGCGGCGGAAAGCUCCAUGGGCAUGCGCCGCCGGUCGGAGCAGCAGGCGGCGGGCGGCACCACCCGCAAGUUCACGCUGGCGCAGCUGUGGGCGGCGACGGACGGCUUCCACGAGUCCAACCUGGUGGGCGAGGGCGGCUUCGGCAGGGUGUACAGGGGGCGGCUCCUGCUGGACGGGCUCGGGGUCGGCCCCGGCCCCGUAGCCGUGAAGCAGCUCUGCCGCGGCGGCGCGCAGGGAACCCCCGAGUUCCUGGUGGAAUGCAUGAUGCUCAUGAUGCUCCACCACCCCAACCUCGUCUCCCUCGUCGGCUACUGCUCCGAAUCCACCGGCGAGCGCCUGCUCGUCUACGAGUUCCUGCCCCGCGGCAGCCUGGACGCGCACCUCUUCCCCGGCGGCAGGAGGCACGACCCGCUGUGCUGGGACGCGCGCGUCAGGAUCGCCCUCGGCGCUGCCAGGGGGCUGCGCUACCUGCACGAGGUUGUCACGCCGCCGGUGAUCUACCGCGACCUCAAGUCAUCCAACAUUCUCCUCGCCGACGACCUCACCCCCAAGCUGUCCGACUUUGGCCUCGCCAAGCUUGGCCCCGUCGGCGACGACACCCACGUCUCCACGCGCGUCAUGGGCACCUACGGCUACUGCGCGCCCGACUACGCCAUGAGCGGCAAGCUCAACGUCAAGUCCGACGUCUACAGCUUUGGCGUCGUGCUCCUCGAGCUCAUCACGGGCCGCAGGGCCUUCGACGCCGCCCGCUCCCCCCCGGAGGAGCAGCGCCUCCUCGUCUGGGCACGGCCCUACCUCGCCGGCGACCGCAAGAGGUGCUUCGCCCUGGCCGACCCGCUGCUGCAGGGCCGCUACCCCCGUCGCGCCUUCUACCAGCUCGCCGUCGUCACCUCGCUCUGCCUCCGUGACAACCCCAACCUCCGCCCCUCCAUGACAGACGUCACCCAAGCCCUCGAGCACGUCGCCUCCCAGCCAUGGCAACAUCAUCAUAACCAACGACCCACGCCCGAUGUCCUCCGCUCCACCUCCUCUUCCUCGCCUCAUGCUUCCUAGCCUAGCUACACUACACUAAACUACACUACACUACACGACACAUACAAUCCUGCUGGAUCAUUAUCUAUUUUCAUUCAUUCCAAUCGUGUCCUCCUUGUCCUUUCCUUACUUUGCCCAUAUUUUUCAUUCAUGGGACGGGCAAUUGGUUUUCUUUUACAGAAAUUCUAGAUAAACGACGUACCAUACGCUAUUAAUACC